CGCGUUUUAGAGCGCAACUUUUGUUCAUAAACGUCAUUUUUCUUACAUUCGUAAAUAGAAAUUUUAUAUGUACAGGCACAUUACCUUACUCUACAUAAUAUAAAAUAACCAAUCAAGUGAAUUUCUUUUGAAUUUUAUUACAUCUUUUUUACAUUCAGACAAAUGGCUCGUGGACACCAAAAAAUUCAAUCACAGCAAAAGGCCCAGGAGAAGGCUGCCAAACUGAAAAAACAGCAGGGACAUGGACUGAGUGAUCAGAUGAAGGCAGCACAAAAAGCACUUGUCUUUUCCUGUGCUGUGUGUAAGUCUCAAAUGCCGGAUCCGAAAACCUACAAGCAACAUUUCGAGAACAAACAUCCUAAAUCUGAACUGCCUGCUGAUCUGAAGGACGUAUAACCCUAUUUGCGAGAAAAUGGCACGCAGCAACGCAGAAUGAACGAUGCAAUAUGUUUAAUUCUGUUCAAAAUAUACAGCAACAAAUACAAACGAUAAAUCCGGUUUCGUUAUCCGGUUCCCAACAUAAAAUUAAGCGUUUAUAAUGAAUGCUUGUUCAACAGAUUUUGCAGUGAUAAGAUAAGAUAUUAUCCGGAAAAUAUAAUAAUUAAUAUUAACAGGAAUACAAUUUCCAUUGAUUAAACCAUGCCGUUACAGUUUUCAGUGAUAUUUAUUUUGCUCUCGGUAACAUAAUCGAAAUAAAUGAGCAGUUUCAAAGGUAGCAAAAUUUACAACACUAUCAAUCUAUGUUACGCCCAAUAAAUAGUCGAAUCAAUGCGCAGUAAA